GCGGACCAUGCCUGUGGUCAUUUUGUAAAGUGUAAACAUUGGACGUUUACUACUAAAACCUAGUAAACAUUAUAAAAAUCUUCUUUCUAUACCUUGGACGAUAUGUUUAUAAAUAUUAACUUAGAAUUACACUUCUUUAAAUAGAAAUUAAACAGUAAAUAAAUACCAUACUAAAAUGAAGUACAAUUUUAAGUUUCAUAAUUUGCUUGGAACUGUGUAUCGGCGUGGUGAUAUAUUGUUUACAAAUGAUGGAAAUAGUGUGAUAAGUCCAGUCGGAAAUAAAUUAACAGUGUAUAACCUAAAACAAAAUAAAAGUAAUACACUACCAAUUGAAAGUCAUUUUAAUUAUACUGCAAUAGAUGUUUCUCCAAAUGGAUCUGUUUUGUUGGCUGUCAAUGAAGAAGGCGAAGCCCAGAUGAUUAGUUUGCUUACAUGCUCAGUGAUACACAGAUACAAGUUUAAACAGCAAGUGAAUGCUGUGAGGUUCAGUCCCGAUGGAAAACAUUUUGCUGCCUGUUGUGAUUCUACUGUAUUUGUUAUGACAGCGCCAAGUGUUUUUACUGGUGAAUUUCGUUCCUUUGUAUUGAAGAGAGUAUUUAAAAAGGCACAUGAUGAAGUAACAUGUUUAGAUUGGUCAUCAUGUGGAAAACUAUUAGCCGUUGGAUCUAAAGAUACAACAACAAAAAUAUAUACAAUUGAAUAUCUGGAUAAUGUGAAUAUGUUCUCAAUGAGUGGUCAUACUGAUAAAAUUGUUGGUGUGUUCUUUGAGAAGAAUAGUCUUGAUAUAAUAACAGUUAGUAGGAAUGGUCAGGUGUGCUUGUGGGAAGCUAGUUUGGACCCGGAUGAUUUAGUUGUUUCUAAAGUACAAAUAUCACAUCAGAAGAGACGUAAAAAACAAAAGGAAGAAUUAGAAGAGGAUGAUAUUAACAAAAGGGAUGAUAUUGAAAAGGAUAAAGAAUAUGAUAGUGACAAAGAUGAAGAGAUGGAAACUGUAACUGAUAAGGUCAAGGAUGAGAAUAAAAUGUUACAUUACAGUAAGCUGGGUCGUCAUUACAUCGGUGACGCGAUACGACAGGCCAGCUACAAAGUGAAGUUGUCUGCAGCCAGUUAUCACAGGCCUAGCAAGUUGUUAGUUACUGGUUUUACAAAUGGAGUGUUCUUUCUGCAUGAGAUGCCCGAUGUUAAUCUGAUUCACACACUCAACAUAUCGGAACACAGGAUCAGUAGUGUGGCUAUAUCCAAUCAGGGUGACUGGAUCGCGUUCGGUUGUCCCAAUAUAGGACAGCUUCUAGUUUGGGAGUGGCAGAGUGAACAAUAUGUGAUGAAACAACAAGGCCAUUCACUAGAUAUGACGUGUCUCGCGUAUUCUCCGGAUGGACUGUACAUAGUAACUGGUGGCUACGACGGCAAGAUCAAAGUAUGGAACACAAUGUCUGGAUUCUGUGUAGUGACGUUUAGUGAACACAAGUCCACCAUAACUAGUGUUGUGUUUAGUGCUAAUAAAAAGUUUUUUGUGUCGUCAUCACUUGAUGGAACUGUUAGGUGCUAUGAUUUGACAAGGUAUCGCAACUUCAAAACCCUGACGUCGCCAAGCCUAGUACAGUUCAGUUGUGUAGCGGUGGACGCGAGCUCCGAACUGUGCGCUGCCGGCGGACACGAUGUCUUCGAGAUAUUUCUGUGGUCCAUCAAGUUCGGCAAACUGUUAGAGGUACUAGGCGGUCAUGAAGCACCAGUAGUGAGUCUAUCGUUCAGUCCCAACUUAUCGAGUACGCGGCUGGCGUCCGCUUCGUGGGACAAGACAGUGCGACUGUGGGACUGUAUCGAGAGCAACUCCCAAUGCGAGACUGUGAGAGUCAAUUCAGAUGCGCUGCAAGUCGUCUUUAGGCCGGACGGUGAAGAGAUAGCAGUGUCGACUCUGGACGGCAACAUAUCGUUCUUCAACACGACCACGUGCGACCAGACUGCCACCAUCGAGGGUCGCAGCGAUCUGGGCUCGGGGCGAGCAGACACCGACCUCAUCACCCCUGAGAAAAUGCUGAAGACCAAAGCGUUCACAACAAUCUGCUACUCGGCGGACGGCUCGUGCGUACUAGGCGGCGGUAACUCCAAGCACGUCUGUCUCUACAGCAUCAAGGAGUCGGUGCUUAUUAAGAAGUUUGUGAUCACGCAGAAUAGAUCACUCGACGCUGUGAACGACUUUAUCAAUCGUCGAUUCUUGACGGAGUUUGGCAACAUGGCGCUCGUGGAACAGAGAGGCGAGUACGAGGGCGGGAACGUGGACGUUCGACUACCAGGGGUCAAGGCGGGAGAUAUGGCCGACAGGAGGGUCAAACCAGAGGUCAGGGUUCACUGCGUCAGAUUCUCCCCGACUGGGGACAGUUUCGCCGUUGCUGCCACUGAAGGGCUACUAGUGUACGCGCAGAAUGCCGGCAUCGAUGGUACUUUUAGGCCGUUCCGGUUAGAGAGCGGCUCGACGCCCGCGACGGUUGUGAACCACCUGGAGAAAGGCUCGUGGGGCGAAGCCCUGGUUGGAGCACUCCAGCUGAACGAGCAGACACAUAUUCAGCGAUGCAUAGAAACCGUACCCACGGCACAUAUCGACCUAACAGUCCGCGGGCUGGAUGAGGAGUACAGCGUCCGCCUGCUGGGCUGGGUAGCCCGCUUCCUGGAGGAGAGCCGGCACCUGGAGCACGUGCUGAGCUGGUGCCGCUGUCUGCUGGAGCAGCGCCGGGCGCCGCCUGCCGUGCUGCUGGCCCUGGAGAAGGUGGUCACCUUGAAGUACGCGCAGCUCAGUAAGAUUUGCGACUUCAACAAGUACACAAUACGUUGUAUUAAGGCCGUGAGCGAGAUAGCACCCAAGAUAGAGGAGGACGAAGAUAUGGAGAGCGAUCACUCUAGCGGACGUGGCACGGGCUCCGAUUCUGAUUAAGAAAAUAUUGUUUUUAUUAAACGGAAUUUGAUAAA